UCUAAUGCUUGUUCGGCUAUGGAAGCGGUAGAGGCAUUGCGUUCGAGGGAUUCAGAUGGUUGUCGCGGGUGUAGUGAUGGGCAAUGUUCAGAUGAUGGCGGUACUUGGUUUCGCAAUGUCAAGCGUAAAUACGACGAGCUGCAAGGCAAUAGAAGAUUCUUCGUGCCCGGGGUUGAGUACGAUUCUGUCGCGAGGGUUGAAAUCGAGAACGAGAUCGCGGCGCUCCGCGAGAUGGUUUCUAGCCAGCAGAAAGCCAUACAGGAUUUGACCGUGGAGCUCGAAGAAGAGCGGAAUGCCGCGUCGUCCGCGGCGAGUGAGGCCAUGUCGAUGAUUUUGAGGUUGCAGAGGGACAAGGCGGAAAUCCAGAUGGAUGCCCGGCAAUUCAAACUAUUCGCGGAGGAGAGAAUGGGACAUGAUCAGCAGGAGAUCUUGGCCUUGGAGGACCUGUUGUACAAGAGAGAGCAAGCCAUACAUUCGCUCACGUGCGAGGUACAGGCUUAUCGACAUAGAAUGAUGAGUUAUGGGCUCACUGUGGCGGAAGCCGAUGGGGAGCAUUGCCGCCAGCAUGCCGAUGGUCAUGGCAUGACUGAAAAUCUUGAUUGCCGAUUUGAAUUUCCAUCUUAUGAAUAUCCUCCUUUGAGAUGCCACUUCAACGGGACAUCUGGUCCAUGGGAAGGUGAGAAUGAGGUGGUUGACGUUGAAAAGUUUGCACAUGGUGAGACUCCCCAUGGCCGUAAUGAAUUGAAGGAUUUGGAAUACCGAAUUCACCAAAUGGAGCAAGAUCCCAGCAACAAUCAGUUGGAUGGGGAUUUUCCUGGCCUUGAGAACAUCCCAGAGAAAGUUAUAGUAGGUCAAUCUCCUAGGCAACCGCGACAUUCGAGGAGGUCUUCUAAUGAUGGUUCGGGCACAUUUAUUGGAAUCAGUAAAGACGCUGGUUCAGACUUGCCUCUUGAUUCUCCGAGACUCACGAAUAGCUUCAAGAAGAUGGAGUGUGUUUCUGAGACGGAGAGUUUCCAUCAGCCAAAAAAGCUGAAUAACACACCAGAAGCUGAUGAUGAUACAACCGAUAGAAUUUGCACAAUUGAUUCAAUCUAUACAGGCUUGACGCCCACGAAAUCUGCACACGGCAGUCUUCAAGAGGACAUUGUUACACCAAGAUACACUUCAAACUGCAUCAGCGGGGAUCAGGAUCCAGAUAUCACGAAGCUCUACAUGAGGCUUCAAGCACUUGAGGCUGACAGGGAAUCACUGAGGCAGGCAAUUGUCUCAAUGCAAACUGAUAAAGCACAAAUGCUAUUACUUAAAGAAAUAGCCGAGCGUCUUUGUAAGGAAAGAUCACCAGAAGAACGCAUGCCUGUCAGGAAGCCAGCUCGCUUUGGAUUUUUUUCCUCUGUUUUCAAGUGGAUUGGGUCCUUCACCUUUUGGAGGAAGAAGGCUCGUAGAAGCAAGUACUUGUUUGGGCUAUCGCCUGAUUGUGUGGGCUUGCUAAUUCUUUUAGAAGACAGACCCCGGACAAAGCAGCGGAGAUAUCUGACACGUGCAAAAAGGGCGGCGGCUUCAACUGUCAAACUUCCAUAUCCAUAGCAAGCCUCUCCUAAUAUGCAGAGAAACUGAGAACAGUUGAGGACACUGAGUCUAAGCGUGUCUUUUUUUUAUGCCUGUUUCAGAGAUAGUAUGUUCUCAUUCAAUUUUUUCAUUUGAUAUGAUUUUUCGGCUUCCUUCAGCAAGUGAAACAUGGUUGUAUGGCGUGCUCUGAUAUUUUUCUUACAUUCAAGGUGGAGGUAUGCCUCUUUUGAA